UUUGGCAACAGCGCCGCGUAUCGGCAACGUCGCACUUAACGCGGGCGCGCGAGUCCGACUGUAGUACCUGUUUCACAGCAUUUCACAGUCGCUCGUCAACCGUGGAGGAGACAGGUACAAUCGUCCCGCCAGAGAUUACUCACGUUUUCCGAACAAAGAGACAUCGGCCGCUUUAAAAGAUCCGCACGUCCGUGCGAUUCGGCAUUUCGAGGGAGCAUCUCUUCGACGCGAAACGGAGCAGCUGGAUCUGUCUAAGGGGAAAAGAAUGGUCAGGAAGAAAGAAGAGAAUAGGAGGAUUGUCACUUAAAGAGGAUGAGAAGCACACCAUUGGUCAAGCAUAUUAAAAUGGCGAUUAUAGAGCGAAGUGCAUGAAAAAAAGAGGUGAAAAAAAAAAGAGAACUGCACUGAAAUUUGUAGUAAUUUCUAUUUAAAUUUAUAAUACAAUUAUAAUUUGUAUUGGGCGUGUUAUCUGUUGUGAUACCAAAAAUGGAAAAAUUACAUAAGGACAUCCUCAGCCGUUUGAGGAAGAAAAUAAUUGACGAUUUAGAUGUUGAUAAUGACAUUAUACAACCUUUAAGGAAUGAAUAUAUUUUAACAGAAGAUCAUAUAAGAAAAAUUUAUAUUGGAGUUAGUAAAGAAGAGAGAGCAGGCAAAUUGUUGGAUAUACUACCAUUAUGUGAUUCAAGUGCUUUUGGUGUCUUUCAUCAAUCCUUAAAACAUCACUACGAUUGGCUUAGCGAUGAAAUAGAUAAAUUGUUAGGAAAUUAUGAAAUAGAAACCAAUGGAGUAACCGAUUGUUAUGCUGGGCAUCUCAACAUUCCUCUUUCUCCAUUAACGGUUACCAGAGAAGAAAAGGUUAACCAGUUAAAGAUAGCUUUACAAGAAUUAAUACCCACAGGAUACAUUGCGUUACAUGGCUUGAAAGGAUUUGGAAAAUCAAGUCUAGUUGCCAGUACUCUCAAGGAUGUAAAAUUAGUGAAAAAUUCAUUUUAUAAUCAGGUCUAUUGGAUUAAAUUUACUGAUAAUCGUUCACGUCAUGAUGAAAUAUUGAUUCAAUUAAAUGCACUUUACUACAACGUGAAACAUAUAGAAAUUCACCCUGAAUCAUCUAUCCCCCUUGAGCAAUUUUCUUUGAUCCAAUAUUUAAAACAUUAUUUUAAUAAACAAGAAAAUUGUCAUGCUUUAUUGAUUCUGGAUGAUGUUUAUGAUGAACAGAUUAUCAAUAUUUUUGACUUUAAAUGUAAGACUUUAGUUCUUACUGAUAACAUCGAUGUUGUAUCUAAGAAAAGACCUAAGAUAAUACAGAUGAAUGAUGGAUUUACAGAAACAGAGACGUUAGGCUUAUUUGCCAAAGCAUUAGAAAUGGACGUGAAAAAAUUGCCAACAGAGGCAAAAAGAAUACAUGAAGAAUGUAAAGGAAUGCCGUUAUUAAUAGCUAUGUUUGCUGCGCAAUUUGAAGAAUUUAAAGAUGAUAUGCGUAUAAAAACUAGUAGGUGGAGAUAUUACUUGAAAUCUUUGAGGGAAAGAAAUACAACAAACAAAGUAAUAAAAGAAUUUUGGGAAACACAAGAAAUUAUUUUUGACAUUUGUAUUGAACAAUUAAGACCAGAUUUGAAAAAAUAUUACGAGAGCUUAGCUAUUUUUUGUGAAGAUGUUAACAUAACUACGCAGACUUUAGAAAUUUUUUGGAGACAAGAUACGCACGUAAUUGAAGAUUUGAUGUUGGAUUUGUGCCAUAAAUCACUUGCAGCCCAAAUAUAUAAUAAUGAUUUAAAAACCUAUAUUUACGGUGUGCACGAUUUGCUACUAAUUCAUCUAAGGAAAAAACGAACUAAUACUGAAUUGAUGCUGAUGCAUAAGUCUAUUAUUGGAGAAUAUCGUAAAUACUGCAAUAACGAUUUUUCAAAAAUGCCGAAUGAUAAUUAUAUAUACUCGUACAUUGGCUAUCAUCUGGAGCAAGCAGAAUUGUUUGAGGAAUUUCCACGUCUUUAUUUAAAUUUAGAUUUCAUUCAAGCUAAAUUAGUACACGCGGGUUUAAAUGAUUUGUUAUUAGAUUUGAGAAAGUAUAAAAAAUACAUUACAUUAGACUAUACAGAUAAAUAUGUGAAAGAAGUCUCUGAUUUAGAAAGGUUUCUUCAAGAACAAGCAAGCAUUAUAGUAGAACAUAAACAUAAAAAAUGCUUAGAUAUCGUCCAAAUUGCAAUGAGUUAUUCAUCUAAAGGUUACAUCAUUCAAACUGCAAAAGAUCUAGCUAGGAGAAGACAAGAGUUCUUGUAUCUAUCUCACACGAAAAUUGGCCCACAUGCUAAUAUGUUAUCGACUGAAGAAAUACCGACAGAUAUUUGCACAUCAUCUUUCACAAGUGGUCCCGAGUUAAUCUUGACUGGAAAUACAUCGGGUAAAAUAAUUUUGUGGAAUUUUCAAAGCAAGCAACAAAAAAUCUUCAAUGGUCAUGCAGAAAGAUGUUCUAUCAAAAAAGUGAUUGUAUCUACGAGUGGUGAUUGUUUCGUAUCAUUAAGCAGUGCUGGUAUAAUAAAAUUAUUCACUCUAUCCGAGGAGAGGGAUGAAAUAUUUGAUCAACAUUAUAUGCAUGUUGAAAGCCCCCGACAAAGACAAAGUUUCUGGUCUGAUCCUUAUGCAAACUUGAGAGGUCAGGACGAUAGCUUAGCAGAAUUAAGGGUGGAAAACGAGAUUAUAUUGGAUAUGGCAUUUGGUUGUGAAGACAAAUACAUCGCUGCAUGCACUGAUAAAGCAACAAUUCAGAUAUGGGAUCGAAAUGGAAACACAAUGUAUACUUUAACACAUUAUUCCAAAUGUCAAUCUAACGUUACGAAAAUAGCUUUUACAACGAAUGCUUCCUUACUGCACUUAAUGGAUGAGGAAAAGGGUGCCUUGUUUGUGUAUACAAACUAUGGAAAUGAUCAUAUUACUUAUAAAUAUGUUACCUGUUAUAAUCUGCAGUUAAAAUCUACAUCUAAAGAGGUCAUUUUCUUUCAUCAUGUACCCAUGCGUGACGAUUCGUUGAUGGUCGUUACCAAAAAGGAAGCUAUGAAGUGUUUAUUUGACGCAAUUGUAUCCGAUGACGAAAAGGACAUUAUAGUCAAAGAGAACUACAGUGAAAAGAAUAUUACAGUGUUAUAUGGAGAAGAUGUAAUAACGGAAACUGGAGUAAUAAAAGGAAUCAUAUCAAAUCUACAAUUGUCUCCCGAUGCAAACACGGCGAUGUAUGUUUUAGAUAAUAAAAUAAUAGAGCUCAUAAGUUUAAAAAAUGGGGUAAUCUUUAAGAUUUUCGAAGAAGAUAAACCAAUUCAAUUUGCAAAGAUUAUUCAUCGUUUUAACUAUAAUACGAUAUUAUGCAAAGAGGAGAACGAUGAUUUGAAGCGAAUGCGGCUGUCGGGAAUCAGUAAGUUCGAAAUCGUGCACUCGAAUCUAGCAGAAAAAAUCAUCCAUAAUACUUACGUAAUAGACGACGAGUAUAUUAUGAUAGUAAUGCAGAAUGGCAUAAUAGCAUUGUUGUGUAUACGUAUGAAUUGGAGACUAAUAAGUCAAAUAGACUUGUCUAAUUUGUUUUCAAGUAUUACAUUUAGUUGUUUAAGUUGCAACCAAAAAUACUUAGCAAUUUUGAAUGAAUUGCAUCAUUUAAUUUUAUUAUAUAUUAAUUACGGAAACUUCUACGGAAGCACUACGGAAACUGAACAGUUUUAUCAUACGUAUAGUUUUCCCCAGAAGGCAAUUUGUUGUGAUAUUUCAAAAAAUGAACGAUAUAUCGCCGUUGGCUUUGAAUCGGGACAAAUUUCUAUUAUCGAUAUACAGAAGUGGAUGGAGAUUAAUCGAUUAUUUUUUCACGCCAGUCCUAUUAUACAAUUGUAUUGGGCUCCAGUUACCAUAAAUGUUCCAAUUUUAUUGUCAUUGACGAACGAUGAAUUAAUUUGGUGGAAUGUUGCUUUAACAAAGACAACAAAAAAGAAUACGAGAAGUCGGAUGGGUCGCAGUACGAGCGUUCCUUCGUUCAGUUCGAAUUCAUUUUGGGAUCUACAAGUACCUAAUAGUCGAAGCAUAGAUGCCGGCGUAUCUGAGAUACAAGAUGAAAUGAUAUCGAGUACAUCCAAUUCGAAUUACACCGUUAACAGUGUAAAUAGAUAUUGGGAGAACAAAAAAGGCAAAAAUCCUGAAAGACCAGAAUUACUAACGGUUGUCGCAUUACCAUCAAGCCGCGAUCCAAAAGUAUGUAUCUCUCCUGAUUUUACUAAAUUUGUUAUGGUUGACAUGUACGGAUCAGUUAAUACGUUUAAACUGAUUGAUGAAGAAGUCGACUUGGCGAACGUCCGAGUGUCCGAUUGGGAACUCUCGGCCAAUGUCAGCAAACACACUUCCGCAAGGUCGUUUAUUCAAGUUUUCCCUACACAAGUUUGA